UCCUCAAAUCCUUCUUCAUUUUCUACUAUCUUACAGUUUACUUUGACCAUGGCUUCCAUUGUGAGUCGGCUCAGCCUUGCGCUGAGCCUCAUAGCUCUAGCCCUAGCCGGCUACUCCAUUUACCAGCACACACAGUCAGCCAUGGAGAGCCAGCUCAUCAAGCCUCUCCCGACAUUCCAAUCUGCCAACGUGUUAUCGUAUCCCAGUGACCGCAAAUCCUCCGCCGGCGGCAAGCUUUCCGACGAAGCUUGCGUCUUCUCCGCCGUUAAAGAAGUUGUCGACGCCGCCAUCGAUAACGAAACUCGCAUGGGGGCUUCCCUCAUUCGUCUCUUCUUCCACGAUUGCUUUGUCGAUGGUUGUGAUGCAGGGCUUCUUCUGAAUGAUACGCCCACGUUCCAAGGGGAACAGGGUGCGCCAGGAAAUAAUAACUCUGUGAGAGGGUUUGAGGUUAUAGAACAAGCUAAACAGAAUGCAGUAGCUAAAUGUGCCGAUACACCUGUAUCUUGUGCUGACAUUUUGUCUAUUGCUGCUCGUGAUUCUUUCGAAAGGUUUACUGGAGCAACAUACACCGUGACCUUAGGGCGACUCGACGCAAGAUCCGCGAACUUCACCGGAGCUCUUAACCAGCUUGUCGGUCCAUCGGAAAACCUGACUGAACAAGUCAGGAAAUUUGGCAUAAAAGGAUUUAGCGAGAGGGAAUUGGUAGCCUUGUUAGGUUCACACACGCUAGGGUUUGCCAGAUGUCCGGUUUUAUGUGACAGCAGAAACAUUAACCCGGUUCGGGUCCCCGGUCUGCAAUGCAACUGUCCUGUAACUGAUACUGACCCGGGUUUGGUCGGGCUGGACCCCACUCCCGGUACAUUUGACCAACGUUAUUACGCUGACCUAGUCAACGACCAAGGCCUCCUGUUUUCCGACCAACAGCUGAUGAACAGCACCACCACCAGCGACGCCGUGACGACGUACCGGGACUCCAUGGAUACCUUCCUUGCCGACUUCGCCGCCGCCAUGGUCAAGAUGAGCAACCUGCCGCCGUCCACCGGAGUUGAGCUCGAAAUCCGCGACGUCUGCAGCCGGGUGAAUGACGUCUCUGUUGCAUCCAUGUGAGAAUUAUAUUCUCAUUCUCUAUCUGUGAAAUAACCAAAGUGAAAAUUUAACUUUGAAAAGUGAAGAUUUUCACCUA